GCCGAUAGGCUGAUGCGCACCCCGGGGGUCUGGAGAGAGGACAGCGGUAAGCAGCGAGGGGUACUAGGCCCCCCAAAUGCCAGUGCUGCCAGCAAAUCGCCUUACAUAAUACCCCGCCACGAGUCCGAACUGUGCGAUAUGGAGCCGGCCGAAAUACCUCCAGUACAAUGAUACAAGGCGGGGGGUAAGGUACCUUGGGAAGCGGCUUGCUUGUUCAAGACAAGCUCCUGGGGCCGCUGCUCGGCCGAAGCUUGAUAAUGCUUGACUAGCACUUGACGGGCGCCUCUUUGGCCACCGCCUCGGCUCUUCUGGGAUGUCACUGCAGUGUGCGUUUAUUCCCAUUGUGCUCAGCUGGCUUUGGGCCUGCCAUUCGCUGGUGUGUUUCCUGCCGGCCCUGACAAUGCCGAACAAGGGUCCCGGAUCCAUGGAGCUUGUGGUUACAUUGGUGGUCAUCAGCUAACCUUAUCAUGCAUUGGAGCCAGGAUCAUGCUCAAGGAUGGUAUGGACCGUGAAUACGGGGGAUGCUCGUAUAAGAUGGCCACUGGCAGGCAGGUAAGCAGCUAUCACCCCUCACCUCACAGACCUUUCGGAGCCUUAAGGUUGGCCUUGCCGCCCUUGGUCCGUUCAAGGCCUGCCAUCAUCUCUGUCUCGAGACCUCUCAGUGCUUUCUCUCCCUUUAUAGUCCUUGUCGGAACACGCGUUUUUGAAGUCUAGAACCAUGUCUCUAGCAGACGCCGUAGAUGGCGGCAAGCCUAGCAAUCCCGCACGACCCGAAACAUUCAUCAGUCCUAUGCAUCGCAAGCUGUAUGAUUCCGAGGUGACCUUCGAGGAAUACCUUCACUAUGCAAAACGCACUCGGGAACAAGAAGCAGCUGAGCAGAAAGUACCGCAGGCGGGGAUUCUGCAACAGGUCUUUCGAAGACCAUCAGCUUCCGUUCGCGCAAGCCACUCCACGCAAGCCCACCAAAACGGCGCCAGCUCUGAAGAAAGUCGUGAACCAGGGGAAAAGAGCGUGACCGGCCAUGGCAACAAAGAUGGGGACUCAGGCCAGAGCUGUCGGAAGAGUAGCCACACUGUGAUAUUGGAAGAAGAAUGGCGAAAUGCAGCCCGCGCGUUGCGAACUGCAAGCUGGGGUGCAGGCUUCUAUCUCAUUACAACCGACAUCCUUGGUCCUUACGGCGUUGGAUUUGCGCUGGGAACACUGGGAUGGGGGCCAGGCAUUGCCCUUUACACAGUCUUCGGCUUCAUGGCCGGUUACUCCGGGUAUUUGCUGUGGCAGGUAUACCUUGGCCUCGAUUCAUACGAAUUCCCCCUCCGAAACUAUGGCGACCUGGCCUAUCGCACCAUGGGUACCACAGCACGAUAUGUCGUGAAUAUCCUGCAGUCAAUCCAGCUGCUCUUGAUCUGUGGCCAAGUCAUUAUUCAGAACGGACAAGGCAUAUCCCAGACAUCCAAAUUCCGACUCUGCUAUGCCGUUUGUGUCAUUUUGUUCGUGAUUGCAGGGUUCUUUAUGGGCCAAGUGCGUACUCUCCGCAACUUCGGUGUCUUCUCCAUGGUUGCCGUGGGACUGAAUCUGAUGGUAAUUUUUAUUACUAUGGGCGUCAUGGCCCAUUCUCCUCCCAACUAUCAAAUCAGCGUCUUGGGCUCUGCCGGCUCUGCGGUAAAUCCCGACACCAUUACCCCCGAUGCUAAUGGCAACUACCCACCCAUCAUCCACUACGGCGGGUUGCCGGACUCGGGCAAUUUCGUGGGUGCCAUCAACGGGCUCAUGUCGGGGGUGUUCGCCUAUGGUGGUGCCCAGCUGUUCGUGGAAAUCAUGGCUGAGAUGCGUCGACCCUGGGAUUUUAUCAAAGCCAUGUGGACGGCUCAAUUCUUCAUCUGGAGCGUCUAUCUCAUCUAUGGCUGUUAUGUCUACCACUUCCAGGGCCAGUAUUCCUUCACCAUAUCAUACAUGGGCCUGAGUGUGUAUGGCUUCCAGGCCGCGUGCGACAUGAUGGCCGUGCUGUCUGGGCUCAUUGCUGCCGGUCUUUACGGCAACAUCGGCAUCAAGGUCCUGUACAACCAGGUCUUCCAGGAGAUCUUCCGCGCACCUCCUCUGACAACGAAGCGGGGAAAAUACCUUUUCGCGAGCAUUGUGCCUAUCUACUGGAGUGUUGCCUUUGUCAUAGCUGCCGCCAUUCCAGACUACUUCGGUUUCGUCUCCGUCAUUGCCUCGUUCUGUGUGGUUCAGUUCAGUUACACGUUCCCGCCUAUCCUCCACCUGGCGUAUGCGAUGCAGAAAAACUCGAUGGGCGCGGGUGACGGGUUCAACGAGAACACCGGACAAACAGUUCGAAGUUCACAUGGCCUCAAACGGCUCGUCCGAGGUUUCUUUGCUCGUCGCUGGUAUGUCAAUGUCUGGCACGUCAUUCAUGCUGGUGGCGCCCUUGCAACCGCCGGCCUGGGCGCUUAUGCUGCUAUCCAAGGCAUGAUCGAGGCAUUCAAGAUCCCUCAAGUCAACUCGUUCACCUGCACUAGCCCGCUGGAUCUGACCCCAGGCUCAGGCUAAUCUUGAUAUGGAAUCCUGGCCUACUCUGCUGGCUGUUGUUGGUGACGACAUGUCGGAUUCAUAUCACUGAGGUGGAGCUGUGCUUUGACGGCCAGUUGCUCUUCAAUUUCCCGUUCAAAGUUGGCUAGACUUGGGGCGUAGUAUGAUCAACAGCGCAGACACGGCAGGGUAUUCCGGGUUUCUGUGGAUCGAUGUGGGCUAUUUUAAUGAGCUGUCUCAUCCGUGUACCCGUCUUACAACCACAACCAUGCUCCUCAGUAGUGGUGACAAAGCAGUUCAGUACUAGUAUACUUUUCUAUCCGGAAGAAAGUGAAUUUGAGGUGUCUGUCUUCUUUCUCCUGUCUCCAUUUCCUCCUUUCUGCCUAUGGUAUUACCACCAAUAUCCAAUGAUACAUUCAUUCACA